UGAGAUUAAGCCUCCGGACAUUAGAGAGAAGACUGCAAAAAAAGCGGCUUUGGCGGAGAAAAAAUAAGACGGAUGAUGCAGAAGUGGCAUCUUUCAUUGAACAACAACUACAAGGAUCAGGUAGACAGCAUGGCUACAGGUGGAUGCACCAGAAAUGUUGGAUGGCUGGGAUAGUCACAGACAAAGAAACAGUCCGUCUGCUGAUGCGCCUAAUGGAUCCAAAUGGAGUUGACCUGCGUGCACACAAUCGUUUGGGACGUCGCUCUUAUGUCAGUCGUGGACCAAAUUAUGUUUGGCAUAUUGAUGGGUACGACAAACUGAAGCCUUAUGGAAUAUGCAUUAAUGGAUGCAUAGAUGGAUUCUCGAGGAAAAUGCUCUGGUUAGAAGCAUAUAAAACUAACAGUGACCCUCGCAUUAUUGCUGGCUAUUUCAUUGAUGCUGUGAUGGAAUGUGAUGGAUCUCCACAAAAGGUCAGAGUGGAUCAUGGCACAGAGAAUGUUCAUGUGGUGGCCAUGCAAAGAUUUCUGCGCAACACUGAGCAGGAAAAUGGUUUUGACUCUGUUAUCCUCGGGCCGAGUACUGGCAAUCAAAGGAUAGAACGAUGGUGGUGCACCUUGAGAAGUGAGUGUGCCCAGUUUUGGAUGGACCAUUUUGACCAGCUGAAAGCUGAUGGUUAUUUUGUUGACAGCUUUCUGGAUAAAUCACUGAUCCAGUUUUGCUUCCUACAAACAAUACAGGUGGAGCUGGAUGAGGUUGUCCAUGCAUGGAAUGACCAUCGUAUACGAUCUACUAAUAAUCCCCGGGCCCCUAAUGGUCGUCCAACAUUAAUGCAUGCCGUUCCCAACCUUUAUGGGGCUUCAGAUUUUCUACAACCUGUCAYUCUAACAAAGCUGGAAAUAUGUCUAGAGGAAUGUUGUUUCAAGGACUUUCCCUUGCGAUGUAGAUGUGUUACACUUGUGCACUGAACUCAUGACCGAGCAUGGACUGGUAAUGCCAGAUGAUGUGUACGAAAUUACCAACCUUUAUGUAAGACUCCAUCAAAUGAUGAAUGACGGGCUCAGGAAUUAAGAUUCUGUAAAUCACCAACCCUUACAAAAACAUAAAUUAUUUCAAUAUGACCUGUUUUAGUAAAUGCCACGAUUGCAAGUGGACUAAAUUGCAUGAGGGACAUAAUUGUUUUAUUUAAAUAUUGCAAAACAUAUUUUUCCUUCAAAGUUAAAGGUCUACCUAUUAAUUCCUCAGUAUUUAAUCCAGUUUAUGAUUUUGCAAAAUUAGCUUUUUUGAAAACAGCACUCAAUUGUGCUAAAAUGUUCAGGUUAUUCUUUUUCUUGUACUUACCUGUUCAGGACACGAUUAUGUGGACAGCAGCGUUAUAACUAAUGGCAGUGUUUUAAUCAUACUCUUAACAGAUAUUGUUGGUGACCUUUUUCUAUCUACAUAUAAUUUUUUGUAAUAUUGUCACUGUUCUGUUUAAUUGAUAAGUCAGCAUAAAUUUUGUCAUGUAAUACUCUUCACARAUCAGUGUUUGUGUAAUUCUAGAUAAUUUUAUGUACAGUGCAACAGCAAAUAAAAAUUGUAUUCAAAAUAAUUUUAUUAAGUGAACUGRAAUGCAAAAUCCAUUAUUUUUAAACUCCCCAAAAUAAAUCACAAGUGCUUAAAAAUACUUGUCUUAGUGUGCACAUAUUUGAUAAGAUUAACAUAAAUUGACCCUAAUUUGGACCCAGUAAAACUUAAGAAACAAAAAUCUUUUGUAUAAACCUGCCACAAAAAAUAUAAAAUAUCUAAUGUGUAGAAAAAAACCAAUAUAUUUUUGAAAAUAUGAAUGCAUUGUAACAAGUACAACUUUGAACACAGUUGUGAAACAUAAUUAAACAAAAAUAAACAUUUCCUUAGUUUUUUAUGCCUAUAAACUACUCAACAUGUCCUGCUGUAUUUUUCACCUUACUUCUUAAGUUUAAAUUUGUCAUCGGCAAAUAACUGUGGCA